AUGGCCUACAACACCAGUUACAACCCCGAUGCGCUGCCAGCGCAUGCUGAACCAGAGCAGGUCGCGCAAAUGAUCGGAUCCAUGCAAAUAGGAGGGAGACCAGCACCAGCACAGAAACCACUGCCAACCCGUCCGCCAGCUCAGUCUGUUCCUAGCGGAGGAGGCAUUCCCCCUCGUGUUCCCGUAUCUAGUGCCCCCCCGCACCACAACCCGUAUGGCUCGCCUGCCCCGCGCCCAGAUCUCCAUGCCCCGAACUCCUACAACGGUCGCCCUUCACCCGCCGCUAUCCCACCAAACCAAUACCCUCCUUCAGGACAAUACAAGCCGCACCCUUUGCACCCUUCACCACCGCCACAAAACUAUGGCUUUGGUCCACCCCCGUCGCAGGCCAGCCGAACUCGACCCCCACCUUCGUCUCGGCCUCCCCAAUCACCCAUUCCUCCCCCAUUGGCAGUCCCUACCAGCGAUGACCCCCAACAAUUAUAUCCUCUAUUCCGCGCGGCGAACUCGUCCCACUCUGGUUCCUUGACUGAACAUGAGCUCGGAUCCGCCCUUGUGAACGGGGACUACACUUCUUUCCACCCACGUACCGUCAAGAUGAUGAUCCGCAUGUUCGACCGCGACGGAAACGGCAUAAUCAACUUUGACGAAUUUGUAUCGUUGUGGCGCUACCUUGCUGCGUGGAGGGAGCUUUUUGACCGGUUCGAUGAAGAUCGGAGCGGGCGCAUCAGCCUGCCGGAGUUCGAGAAGGCGCUGGUCGCAUUCGGAUACCGCCUGAGCCCGAAGUUUGUGUCAGUGAUAUUCACGAUCUUCGAGAGCAAGACACGCCAGCUGAAUGCGCCGGCUCGUAACCCUCAGCAUAAUGGCAUGAGCUUCGAUCUCUUUGUGCAGGCAUGCAUUACCUUGAAACGUAUGACGGAUGUCUUCAAACGAUACGAUGAUGAUCGCGAUGGAUAUAUUACCGUGAGCUUUGAGGAAUUUUUGACUGAAAUCCUUCAGCUGCAAGAGUAA